AUUAACACAAGAGGAUUGGUCUCAACAGGUAAAUUGCAACAAUGGCUAUGCAGGGGACCUCUCUUCUAGUUCCUUCUGUUCAAGAGUUAGUAAAGCAACCAAUAACCAAUGUUCCAGAACGAUACCUUCAACCAAAUCAAGACUCAAUUACUGUAUCAAACACUAAUUCCUCACCACAAGUUCCUGUUAUUGACCUAACUAAAUUGUUGUCUAAUGAUGAAACUGAGCUACAAAAUUUCGACCAAGCAUGCAGAGAAUGGGGUUUCUUCCAGCUCAUUAAUCAUGGAGUGGACCCUUCAAUUGUUCAUAAUAUGAAGAUAGGUGUUGAACAAUUCUUCAACCUUCCAAUGGAAGAGAAAAAGAAAUUUUGGCAAACACCGAACGAUAUGCAAGGGUUUGGCCAGUUGUUUGUUGUAUCUGAUGAACAAAAGCUGGAAUGGGCAGACAUGUUCUACAUCAACACUUUCCCAUUGGACUCAAGGCAUCCACAUCUAAUUCCUACUCUUCCCAAACCAUUCAGAGAUCAUUUAGAGACUUAUUGUUUAGAAUUGAAAAAAACAGUUGUCAAGAUAAUCGGUAGUAUGGAGAAAGCUCUGAAGAUCGAAACAAAUGAAAUAGUUAAGUUAUUUGAAGAUGCAGGUCAAGGAUUAAGAAUGAAUUACUAUCCUCCGUGUCCUCGACCAGAAAAUGUAAUUGGAUUGAAUCCACAUUCGGAUUCGGGUGCCCUUACUAUCCUUCUCCAAGUCAAUGAAGUGGAAGGCCUUCAAAUCAGAAAAGAUGGAAUGUGGAUUCCUAUCAAACCUCUCCCUAAUGCUUUUGUCAUCAACAUUGGAGACAUGUUGGAGAUAUUAACUAAUGGAAUAUACAGAAGCAUUGAGCAUAGAGCAACCGUCAAUGCGAAGAAUGAAAGGAUAUCUAUUGCGACAUUUAAUAGGCCUCAAAUGAGCAAAGUUAUAGGACCAACACCAAGCCUUAUAACUGCGGAAAGACCUGCUCUGUUCAAUAGAAUUGGAGUAGUUGAUUACCUUAACGGAUUCAUGACACGCAAGCUACAAGGGAAAUCAUACUUAGAUGUUGUAAGGAUUCAAAGAGAGACGGCUAAAUAGUUAAACUUUAGAGGAUUUUGCAAUAAAUAGAAGUGGCAAUCAUGCUUUAAGUUAGUUUUAUAUUUGCAGGGCAUAUGCUAUUGCUACCUGAUAAACACAGUGUGGAUUAGCCAAUUUACAUUACUAAACGUUGAUUCUAAAUAAGACCAAUUUAUUUGUAAAUGUGACUUUAGUUAUUUAAGUUAGGUGAUUCUAAAUAAGGUAUCUUCUGAGUUUUUAAGACCAA